AUGCUGUCGCUAGCUGUGGUUCACCUUGUAGCUGUCAUUUCUUCUGCAAGAUGGACGCACGCACUUCCUCUCUAUCCCGAGACCAACCUGGAGGCACAGCCGGGACCCAAGGAGUCCCCACACCAGGAUAACUAUGCAAGCAUGGUUGAGGGCCUUAAAGAAGUACUUCUGAAACUGGCAGUGGCCGACAAGCUUCGUUCUCAAGCGUUCCUCAGAUCGGAGCAGGGCUUGCCCAAAACCAACAAAAGAGCUUGUUUCUGGAAAUACUGCGUGACCAAUUAG